AUGAACAAUGGCUCUGAGACGAUUGUACUUUCUUAUCCAUACUCUUUAUCAAUGAUUAACGUUUCCACUAAUCACGGCCUGACUGACAAGUCUAUCGUCAGGUUUUAUAACGACAACUAUGUGUUUUCAGUCACCCUCUAUGAAGAUGAUGGCAGCAUUGGCUACAGUUGUAAUGCAUGCACCUUGACAGAUGCUGAUCUUCUUUCUCUGAAUGAACGUGGAAUUAUGUACUUCCAAGUCAAAGGUGAAUGUAUUUUCGAAGCCUCUGUGGAUCAAAAUUGCUUUCCGGCUUAUCUGUGUAAAAUAUCGUUAUAUUCCAACAACAGUUAUAUUGAACUCACUUUGCCGUCUCUCAACAUGAACGACAAGGAAGUUCGCCUAAAGGCGAAUCUCAAAACUGCCAAAAAAAUAUUUAAAAUACACGAAUUUAUUGGAGAUAUGGUGCGGACAGAGCUGGGUUUCCUGGUUCGGGAGAACUACUUAAAGAACAGAGUUCUUUUACAAUGA